AUGGUACCUCUGAAAACGAUGACAGGGACAGGCCUGUAUUCGCUCGCUUACCUUCUCAUGAUCAGUAAGGAACAAUCAUAUUUCCAUUUUAAAAAUAAAGUUGUUUGAUAUUACCCCCUGUUGAAUGCUCUAUCUAUACCUCUCUCUCUUUCCCUUUAUUCCGGCUCUCACUCUUCCAUCCCUCUUUCUCUCCUCACCCUCCACACUCCCUCUCCCUCUCCCUCUAUCCGCCUCACUCUUCUCUCUCUAUCUCUCUCUCCUUUCGCUCUCUCUCACUUAAGGUAGUGUCUGUUCUACCUGUGUUCCUUUGGAGUGUCUGAGGUGUGACAUAAUCCCCUCACCUGAAGUGUCUGGGAAUCACACAUCAGAUGAGGGUAAACCCUUCACUUUAUAUAUUAUCCUGACUUUUUAUCUUUCACAUUCAGACCAUUUCAGUAUUCUAGUUUAGUGUUCCUGUGUUAACUUGAUCUUUCUUGAAACUCCAACAAACUCUAACUAUGGCUGCUCUGAAAAUAUCCCUUUUUUUUUCUAUCUCUCCCUCAGCCAUCUGUGAGCACCUGUGCUCAAACACUACCCAAUGCCUCAAUACCACUGGUCAGUAUUAAUGUAAUAUCAGUCAGUAUACUCACUACCUCCAAUACAUAGUUGAGUUCUCCAUUUUGAUAUGGUGGUUGUAGAAAUGUUAAUUGAAUAUGAGUGUAUAUAUAUACACUACCAGUCAAAAGUUUGGACACCUACUCAUUCAAGGGUUUUUCUAUAUUUUCUACUAUUUUCUACAUUGUAGAAAAAUAGUGAAGACAUCAAAACUAUGAAAUAACACAUAUGGAAUCAUGUAGUAACCAGAAAAUGGUUAAACAAAUCAAAAUAUAUUUUAUAUUUGAGAUUCUUCAACUAGCCACCCUUUGCCUUGAUGACAGCUUUGCACACUCUUGGCAUUCUCUCAACCAGCUUCAUGAGGUAGUCACCUGGAAUGCAUUUCCAUUAACAGGUGUGCCUUCUUAAAAGUUAAUUUGUGGAAUUUCUUUCCUUCUUAAUGUGUUUGAGCCAAUCAGUUGUGUUGUGACUAGGAAGGGGGGGUAUACAGAAGAUAGCCUAUUUGGUAACAUACCAAGUCCAUAUUAUGGCAAGAACAGCUCAAAUAAGCAAAGAGAAAGGACAGUCCAUUAUUACUUUAAGACAUGAAGGUCAGUCAAUACGGAAAAUGUCAAGAACUUUGAAAGUUUCUUCAAGUGCAGUCGCAAAAACCAUCAAGCACUAUGAUGAAACUGGCUCUCAUGAGGACCGCCACAUCAAUGGGCAACCCAGAGUUACCGCUGCUGCAUAGGAUACGUUCAUUAGAGUUACCAGCCUCAGAAAUUGCAGCCCAAAUAAAUGCUUCACAGAGUUCAAGUAACAGACACAUCUCAACAUCAACUGUUCAGAGGGGACUGUGUGAAUCAGGCUUUCAUGGUCGAAUUGCUGCAAAGUAACCACUACUAAAGGACAACAAUAAUAAGAAGAGACCUGCUUGGGCCAAGAAACACGAGCAAUGGACAUUAGAGAGAGUACUGUAUUUCUGUCUCUCUCUGACCAUAUGUCUCUGAGAUAACAUUUAGGAGGAGAUGAAGAGGAUGUAUUGUACACCAGAGACAGGGACUCUGUGCUGUCCUGAUUUGUUUCUCUCUGAUAUUCUCUCCUUCCUUUUUUGCCUCUUUCAGAUGUAGAGAAUUGCAUAAAAGGUAUUGUAUAGAAAGUGACCUGGUGGAAUGAGACAACCAAAAAAUCACAAAACUCUGGGCCCUAUCUAUGACAUACAAUAUCUGUAUUUUGUCCAACUCUUUUUAACCCAUCUUUAACCUGUCUUCGACUCAACAGAUUUUGAAGUGUUUCUGAACACCAGUUAUGGGUUCGAAGUGGAGGAGGGUGAUGACCUCACAAUGGAGUGUGCCCACGACCUACCGGUGAGAGAUCACGACCUGCUGGUGUUUGUCUGGCUGAAGGAUGGGCUUCCCCUGGAGGGCGAGAACAAUAGCACGCUCACCUUGGAGAGGAUAGGCAUAGAUACCCCUUCCAAGGGGAAAUACACCUGCACCAUCCAGAGUCCCUGUGGCAACUUCACUUCAGAUCCAGAAGAACUUGAAUUUAAAGGUAGACACACUCGCUGGUCAUGUUUGAGACUUGAAAAGUUUAUACUCAUAACUGGAUCAGGCGAUGUCAAGGUAUUUCUUUUUAGUUACUACUCAGCAAAUGAGCCUAUUGUGUGAAAGGGACAAAAAAAAUCUCCAACCAAUUACAUGUUCAAUAGAAUUCCUGAAUUGGAAUAACACCCUGUGUUACUUCCUCUGUCUCCCACUGGGCUUUCGCUCUGUCUGUCCCUCUGUGCUGUCCCUCUGCCUGUCAGACCUGACAGUGGUGAUCAUUGUGAUCUGUGGUGUGUCUGCUGUGGUGCUGGUCCUGGGCAUGGGCCUCAAGAUCAUGCUGAAGAAGAACUUUGGUGAGUGA